CUCAAAAACUCCUGGGCCGAUUUAAAAACAAGCUACGUUAUUAAUGCGUAACAGUCAUUUUUAUAAUUGAAUGUGGGUUACUUCGGGACUGCAAUGUGGUAUGUGGCGGCGGUGGUGUAGUUCGUCGUGGGAGCGCACGCGGACGGCGGAGUGGUCGGGGUCGGGGUCCUCCGGGUCGGAGGGGGCGCUGGAGGGCGUGGCGGAGGGCGGGGACGUGGCGCGGUCGCUGGCGGCGCUGGCGCUGGUGCGCGCGCGCCUGCCGCCCGCCGCCGCCGCGCUGGCCGCCGCGCUGCCGCGCGCGCCGCCCGCCGCGCAGCUGCCGCUCCGACAGAUACUGCAGUUGGCAGCCCUACUGCAGUGCAGGAACCACGACCUGAUAGACGUGGAGACCGCACUGGAGGCUGCUGAGAACCAGUCUCCCGAUGCCGUGGGACAGCACCAGAUAGUGCCCGUGAGGGUCCAGCGCCGGCACCAGCUCCACCAGCACCACCAGCACCACCAGCCCCGCGGCCUCAAGGAAGUCCCUCUGAAAGUCUUCCACCAAGUGGAAUGUCAGCAGCCCUCAGACCUCCCCUUCUUAGACCCAUUACGACUCAGGACAGAGUGACUAAGACGCAAAAUUAUGCUUUUCAAUUAUUACCAUUGAGUUCUCGUGCUGUGAAAUUGUCUAUGGUUGAAUAAAGGCGUCGCCAGAAAAGGGGGCUGCCCCCUUCUAAAGGUUCGAAAAUUUUAAAAAAUGCAACUGUACUUUAAAUAAGACCAUAAUAAAAUCAGAUGCCCUAGACCUAGCCUAGAUCAUCGACUAGCGACGCCUAUAUUUUGUAUUAUCUGUGUUUAAUUAAUUUUAAGUGUAAUACGUAAAAAGAUCAAAUUUUAAUAUAUAAAGCUUUAUAUUAAGUGAAUAGUUUCGCCCUUUCAUCUUGGUUACUCUUAUACGAUUUAUUUUUAGCUGAUUUUUUUUAUUAUGAAUGAUAUUUACACGCAUGGCAUAUAGAUUUUACAUUUUAGUAUUUACAGUAAUUAUUUUAGUAUAAGUAUAAUUUGCAUAUUUUUGAUAAUGUACAAAUCUCAUUAUUUUUUGCAACUUUUCCCUGUAUUUCCAAUGUAAACAUUCUUUACUUUCAAUAAU